AUGGAGGAAAAGCACCAGGAAUUAAAUGCCCGUGAAGAUGAUCAGUGUGUGAAGAACUCGACCUCAGUGAAGCCGAACGAUGAUGCUGUAGCUGCAGCUGCAGGUGGAAAGGGAGGGAAAGGCAACAGCAGCAGCAACAGCGCCGGAGCGACUGCGAUGGCUGGGACUAGUGGAGGUGCCGGUGGUUACCUGUUCAAUUUGAUAGAUCGAUUUAAUAGCCUGAAAAAGGCUAAGCAGAAGGUGGGAGAAGAGGAGAGUGGUAACAUGAAGGAGCCAAAUGAGUGUAAUGGUACUGAGCAGGACGGAGACAUGAAAAAAGGAACGGAUGAGGUGAGUCGCGAUGGUGAUGCACAGAAGGGGGUAGAAGCGGAUCUCGUUGCGAAGAGUGAGAGCGGCAGUGGUAAGAAGGGUGUAGAGGAAGAGCCCGAGGAAGGGGUGGAAGAAGAAGACGGUAGCGAAGAAACUGGUGAGACAGGCGAGACGGGCGAAACUGGCGAGACCGCCGAAGGUGUGGAGGGAAGCUGCGACCAAGGGAACCCCCAAGAUGAGAUGGACGAGAGAGCAAGUGAACCCGUUUCAUGUGCCAGCGGGAAGAAAGCGAAUAGCAAGGGAGCUCGAGAGGACAAGGAGAAGCCAACCAACGCUGCGGACUCCGCCAAGGAAGGAGGUGGUGAUACGAGCCACGAGAGUGGAAGCAACAGAGCGAAGAGUGGACCCUCCGAUCGGGGUGUCUCAGAUCGUUGUCUCCCCGAGAGUGAUCUCCCCGAGCGUGAAAGCGGAAACUGCAAUGAGGACCCCUUGAUGAAAAUUCUAUGCGAUAGGGAGCUAGCCAAAGUACAAGAACUAAUUAAACAAAUAAAAAAAAACGAAGAGCUGUACAAUGACGAGCUAAACGGAGAUCUAUUCUUUCUCUACGACGAACUGUAUCACACACUCCUCGACCGUCUAGAGUCGGCAAACUUGAAAAAUAAAGAAAUGAAAAAAAUCAUAAAAAGGGAAAUGGAGAAGUUUAAAGAAAAUCACAGCAUCGUGUCGGACUACCUUAAGGGUUGCGAGCACGAGGUGAAAGCGAUGUUGGUGAAAGCGAUGCUGGUAAGUUGGGGUGACGACGGUGAAGAGGCUGAUAAACAGGCUGGUGAAGAGGCUGACAAACAGGCUGGUGAAGAGGCUGAUAAAAAAUCCGGUGAAGAGGCUGACAAACAGGCUGAUGAAGAGGCUGAUAAAAAAUCCGGUGAACAGUCUGAUGAACGGGCGGAUAAACGAUCGGGUGAAGAGCCCCGCCAGGAGCCGGAGGAGAGCCAGCCAGCACCCCCCCGGCAACUCGACGAAGGAAUGCUGAAUGAAGUAAAAAAAUCCUUUUACAAAUACUUAGAGCAAAAAUUGCAUGACGAUUAUUAUGACCACAGCGGGUUGGAAGAAAAUUUGCUACACAACAGAAACCUCAGUUUGCUUUUCCUACUGUUUUGUCAAAAGCACAUUAUUUAUUUUGUGGAGGAGGUAUUUUCCAGCAUGUGCCUAAUUGUCGAGGAGGGUGAGAAGAAGGAGGAAGGUGAGAAGUGCAGGAAUGAAAUGAGCUCCCUCUUGAAGAGACUCAGCUGUAUGAAUGCCAUUUUACAUUUCCUAAUCACGACGAAUGAGCGGAACGGUGGUGUGUGCAGUGGUGUGCAUACUACCGGCAGCGGCAGUGGCUGCAUGCACGGAUUGUACAGCGAUAAGGCGUGCCACAGUGACAUGAUGCUCUGCGUAAACGGAGUAAACACUCAGAUGCGAAUGGAUUUGGUGGAGAACAAGGAUUACAUCGACGUCAAGCGGGAGACGGAGGAAGUGGGUGAGAACGACGACGAGCAUAACCACCUGCAUAACCACCUGCAUAACCCCAUGCAUAACCACCUGCAUCAACAUCACAUGCACCAGCGGCUGCACCAACAGCUACAAGCGCACCAACAAUUGCACCAACAGUUGCACCCUCACCAACAGUUGCAUCCUCACCAACAGCUGCACGCGCACCAUCUACAUCAUCACCACCACGAACUAGCCAAUAAAAGCAAUUUCAGCUCAUUAAGCAAUGGAAGCAACAAAACUAGUAAAAUCAAUAAGCUCAACUUAAACAAGAAGACGUCAAACUACUUCCGGAAGGACAUGAACGAAACGCAGGUCAGUCUGUCAACCUGUUUAACGGAUACAUCCGUUGUGGAUAAAAAGCUGCGUGAUAAGAAUGUGAAGAAGAAAGUCAUGAACAACGAAAAUGGUAGCAGCAGUGUAGUGGCGGCGAGCGAUAAGGGAGGCUCUCUCCCCAAGAAGACCCCGUAUCAAAACGCGGGCACUGGCAGCGCGAAUGGGAGCGGCCAUGGAAGCGGUCACGGGAGCGGUCACGGAAGCGGCAACGGAAGUCGAAGUGGAAAAAACACACAGGGGAACGGCGUGACGAACGAUUACUUCAGCGACAUGAUGGUUUACAUUUCGUGGGUUCCCAAAAGUGCUCGUUGCCAGUACCCAUUGGAGCUACCAAAAAAUUCGGCAGAGAGAAACAAGCUAGCGGAAUACAUAGAGGCAAAGGAGCAAAUGCUAUACAUUCUCAAGCUAAUGGGGUAUGAAGAAAUAGAUAACAUUUAUUUCCACCCCCCAAAAGGAUCCCAUAUCAAAAUCAAGUUCAAAACGAUGGCCUGUAUGAACAAAUUUCUGAAGGCUUAUAAAAACACCCCUGAUAAAUGGAAGGAGGAUAUGUUUAAUUUUUUUAACAUCCCUUUGAGAAGCAGCAUUUCUGUGAGGGAUCUUCGAAUUGAGAGAGCUGUUCCUAGAUCAUCUGCUGCGGAGUUUAAAAAAAUUAAGAAAAUGAGCAAGAAUUAUCACGACUUGUUUUUAUUUAAGGACAAUUAUAAUCUAUGUGAGGAUGGUAGUAGCAACACUUCCAAGAUGGAGAAGGUGAACCUGCACUACGAUGCGUUUAACAAGCAUAUCAUUGUACAUAAUAAUAAUAAAGGCGGAGGGACUGCGGCUUCUGGUACUUCUGCUGGUGCUUCGGCUGCUGCAGUGGGAGCAGCAACAACGGAAGCGGCUGGGGUAGGGGUGGUAGUAACGGACCACCACCAUCACCACAAUGGAAACACCCAUGUUGGCUUGAAAAAGAACGCUGAUCAGAGAAAGACCUUUUCCAAGAUGAAGGGCGUUAUUGGAUCCAUGGGUGGUGGGGAGCUUAGCUCCGGGGUUGUGCAUGGCGGCGUGGGUGGAGGUCGAUCCGCCAUGGACGACCUGCACAGCGCGAACAUGGCUUUGGGCGUGGACGCCGCGAGUACCGCUUCGUAUGGAGGCCUGGGCAGUUUUGGCGGUUUGGGAGGAGGCAUGAACAGCGGCAUGACGAACAUCAUCGGGGGGGUCGGCACCAGUAGUAGCCACCUGAACGGUGCGGGAAGUGGCAUGAACAGUGGCAUGAAUAGCGGCAUGAACAGCGGCGCGCAUGCACACCACCCCUUCUCGGGCCACAACAACACCAGUAGCACCACCACCACUGCCACCGCAGUGAUGAUGUCCAACGGAAUGCUCAACAAGGUUAGCGGAAGUAGCGGCAACGCUCUGCACGGAGGAGUUUAUAUGGGGGGGAAGACUGGCGGGAAUAAUGGCCGAGAGGAAGGAAGAACGUUCCUAGCAGGUACCCACAUGGGAAGUGCAGCCGUGAGUGGGAUUAGCGGCAUGGGAGGCAGCGUGAGUGGGCACUACGGCAGUCAUUUAGGAACUCACAUGGGAGGUCAUUUGGGAAGCCAUGUAGGAAGCCAUGUAGGAAGCCAUUUAGGAAGCCAUUUAGGAAGCCAUGUAGGAAGCCAUGUAGGAAGUCAUGUAGGAAGCCAUUUAGGAAGCCACAUGGGAACCCACUUAGGAACGCACCUUAACAGCGACACAUUCAACCACUGCUCCAGCGGAAGGAUGCACAGCGGCUGCCUCAGUAACAAAGGAGGGAGUGGAAAACCCAGUUACCACAUUAACCAUAACAACACGAUGUGCACGUCGAGGAGCUCCUCGAAAAAUAUGUACCUAAUGAAGAGCGCGAGGAAUGUGCACAGCAAAGGUAGUUGCAUGGGAAUGAGUAGCGAUGCCGGUGGAGGAGGAACUGGAGGAGGGUCCUUUCUCUCCAGCUCCAAGUUCCUCGGUAGCGGAAGUGGUAGCAACAAUAACGGCAUGCAUGUCAUAAACAAGGAUUUGCUCACCAAUGGAAGUUACACCUUAAAGAAGCAGACUCACUACGCAUCCUUCUCAAAUAACUCCAACGGAAAUAUGAACUCCAUGAAUGACCAUUUGUAUGCCUUCAAUAGUAGCGUCGGAAGUACGGCCAACGUGAAUGGAUUAAGUGGGUCGAAUAACGCAAACCGUGUGAACGGAUUAAACGACGUGAACAGUGCACACGCAAUAAAUGGAGGCACCAUUGCUAGCACCGGAAUAGGGAGCCACAAUUACGGAAGCAGCAGCAUCAUUGUUAAUAGCAUUAACAAUAACACACAGCAUAGCAACAAUAACAGUAAUAAUAAUUCGACGAGAGGUACGCAGAACGGGACCACCAAUUUGAAUCACUUCUCGACUAGUGGACAUUUGGACGCGGCGACACUGACGAAGGAGAAAAAUAUUUUGCGUGGAUUUAAAAGUUCCUACAUGGGUCUGGGCGCAGUAGGAGGAAGUGGAGUAAGCGGCAUGGGUGGUAGCUUUGGAGCAGGAAGCGCGUAUUCGGAGAACAACCUAAACAAUAGCUGCAGCAACAGUUGUAGCAACAGCGUUAUCAAUAACAGCCACGGGUUUAUGGGCUGCUCUCAAGGGAGAGUCGGCGGCGGAGAGUCUCUGAAGUCGCACAAUGUGAAUGGAAAUGGCGGUGGGCAUGGCGGUGGACAUGGCAGUGGACAUGGCAGCGGACAUGGCAGUGGAAACGACAGCGGUAACGGCAAUUGUCAUAGUAACAAAUGCGGAUCCGAUUUGGCUAGCCAAAAAUAUGGAACCCAAAAUGAUGACAUGAAGGAAGACUUUAAAAACCUGAUCAACAUAGAUUUUAUUAACGACAUCGACAUGGAUUUUGACGAGAAGAAUAAUGAUCACAUGUCUGUGCAUAAUGCUAGCGACCACAAUAGUGGCAAUGUGUGCAAAGGGUUCCACCACCUGCAUAAUAGACACACGAAUAAUGGGAAGCGAUACAACGCGCUAGGCAGUUGCAUGAGCGAAGGGCUCCUGAGCGGGAGCGCCACCUGCGUGGGGAACUGUCUAGGAGGCAGCUGCUUGGAGAACUGCCUAGGGGGAAGCUGCGUGGGCAGCUGCAACGGAAGCAGCAGCAUCAAAGCGCGCGACUUCGACAAGUUUGACAUGCUUGACGGGUUUGACAAGCUUGACGGAUUUGACAAAUUUGACAAGUUUGACAAAUUCGACGGUUUUGACAAGUUUGACAAAUUCGACGGUUUUGACAAGUUUGACGGUUUUGACAAAUUCGAGACUUAUGACAAAUUUGACAAAUUCGAGACGUACGCUAAGUUUGAGACGUAUGACAAACUCCCCUUUGAGAACAUGAGCCACGAGCCCAGCUACCGCAUGAAUGGGGAGGAGGACCAGGAGGGGGAAGAGGCAGAGGCAGAGGCAGGGGCAAGGGCAGAUGCAGGGACAGGAGCAGGAGCAGGAGCAGGAGCAGAUGCAGGGGCAGAUGCAGAGGCAGAUGCAGAGGCAGAGGCGGACAACUUCAACGACGAAAUGAACCAGCGCGAAAACGAGUUUGCCUAUUCGAAUGCCAGUCUAAGCAACAACAAUAAAGUUGGCAGUGCCUGCGGAGUGAGUGUCGAUGAUGGCGCUGGGAUUAUCCUAUCUGAGGGGUUUAACAACUACUUCUGCGAGGAGAACCCCAAAAGUGUGUACAGCUAUUAUGGCAGUCCUAGCGGAGGAGGCGUAGGAGGAAUGCCGGCACAGACUACCGCCACAGCCACCACUGGCAGCAAGAUCAAUAAUUUGCAUUUAAAUUUGAGCGCAAAUGGAAACAGCGGGCAUAAUGGGAGCUCAGGAAUUUUGGGGGGGGAGGCCACGUUGAGUAAUAAUUACAGUGGAGUUAUGGAGGCAUCAGAGAAUGGCCUCGGUACUUCUGCGGCAAACGGGUUGGCCAACUCUUCGGGGAACUCCACGACCAACUCGGUUGGCAAGAACGGCAUGGCCAACACGACCUCCUCCCUUUACCGAAACACGAUGACUCCCAAAUUGUACAUUGAUGGGAUCCCUGUGAACAGUACCUUUGGAAAGUAUGACGAAGGAAACGUUUGCGAGCUAAAGAAGGAAGAAAAACUGAGAGGAGCAGGGGGUGCAGCAGCUGGCGGAGUGGCUGAUUACGAUUUAAAAAUGAGCGAGGAGGAUGCAAAUAAAGGCUUCUUAAGUUACUCCUUUCAGUCCCCACGUGUUGACAACGAGCAAAAUUUUUCGGACAAUUACGUUAACUUCUUUUGA